AUGAAAUUUUGGAUUAUUCUUACAAUAUUUUUAGUUAUCGCCAUUUUUAUGGUUUCAAAUAAUGCUAUGGAAAUACCGGAGCACCUUAGAAAACAUGCUAAAAAACUACACAAACGUUGUCAAAAUCAAACAGAUACACCAGAAGAUGUUAUAAGAUCGAGUUUACAAGGCUCUUUACCAAAGAAUAAAAAUUUUGAAUGUUAUGUGCAGUGUCUAUUCGAUAUAAUAGGAAUUAUGGAGGAAAGCAACACAAUACGUAUAGAUCAUCUGCUACAGGUAUUACCGGACGAAUUGCAUCCAACGAUAAAAAUGUUAGCGGAAGCAUGUGGCACAAAAGAGGGAAGUGACAAGUGUAAUAUUGCCUACAAUACUCUGCAGUGUUAUGUUGACAAUAAUCCGCUCGUGAUUAAGGAUAAUUUUGAAUUUCUUUUCGAUUAAAUGUUUUAGAUUUACCUGUAAAGUGUAUUAUUUUCUACCCGCAAUAAAAAUAAACAUCUUAAAAUACGCAAUGAUUCAAUUUGAACUUUGAUAAGUUUGCCCUGAAAUAAAAGAUAAAUAAAAAAUUAAUACAAAACCAAA